GCUCGUGCUUCCUGAAGAUGAAGAUGAUGAUGAAGAUGAAGUAAUUAUUGUUAAUGGUUAAUUCAUCACAGUUCUAAAAGUGUGUGUGAUGGAGUGUGUUACACUGACUGACUGUGAGGAAGUCCCGCUCUUUUGGAUUUAACACACACACACACUCACACACACACUCACACACACACACUCACACACUCCUGUAUAGUGAAGGAUACACACACAGAAGCACAAGAUGAUGAGACUAACGUGUGUGUUACUGGUUCUGCUUUUCCACUACGGAGCUGCUCAAGAUGAUGUCCCCCCGUACUUUAAGACUGAACCGGUACGUUCUCAGCUCCACCUGGAGGGGAACCGGUUGGUUCUCACCUGUAUGGCAGAGGGUAGCUGGCCGCUCGAAUUCAAAUGGAUUCACAACACCACUGAGCUCACGCCGUUCUCCCUGGAGUACAGGUAUCUGAUCCCCUCUCUGGAUCGGACUCAUGCUGGUUUUUAUCGCUGCAUUGUGCGGAAUCGAGUUGGAGCUCUGCUGCAGCGCAGGACGGAGGUGCAGGUGGCCUUUAUGGGUGCCUUUAAUGACACUGUGAGGUCUGAGAGUGUGUCUCAGGGAGAUGCUGCUGUGAUUAAAGCUCCGCAGAUCCACAGCUUCCCUCAGCCGCAGGUCACAUGGUUCCGAGACGGCAGGAAGAUUCCACCAAGCAGCCGCAUUGCCAUCACUCUGGAUAACACGCUGGUCAUCCUCUCGGCUGUGGCUCCAGAUGCUGGACGUUAUUAUGCUCAGGCUGUAAAUGACAAGAACGGGGAGAAUAAGACAAGUCAGCCAAUCACACUCACUGUGGAGAAUAUCGGUGGUCCUGCAGACCCCAUCGCUCCCUCCAUCGUUUUCCCCCCCAGGAACACAAGUGUUGUUUCUGGAACCUCAGAGGUCACCAUGGAGUGUGUGGCCAAUGCCCGGCCGUUGAUAAAGCUGAGUAUAAGCUGGAGGAAGGACGGUGUUCCUGUCCGUUCAGGUCUGAGUGACUUUAAUCGCAGGUUGACCCUCCUUAGUCCCACCAUCACCGAUUCAGGAUUUUACGAGUGUGAGGCAGAGCUGCGGAGCAGUAGCGUACCGUCCGUUAGUGCUGGAGCAUUUCUGCAUGUGCUGGAGCCCCCACAGUUUGUGAAGGAACCAGAGAAGCACAUCACUGCUGAGAUGGAGAAGGUGGUAGACAUUCCUUGCCAGGCAAAAGGCGUUCCCCAACCUGAUAUUGUGUGGUAUAAGGAUGCAGUUCCCAUCAGUCCAUUGAAGAAUCCUCGUUAUCAUGUUCUAGCUGGUGGGAGUCUCCAGAUUAAUGGCCUUCUGCCUGAUGAUACUGGAAUGUUCCAGUGUUUUGCUCGCAAUGCUGCUGGAGAAGUGCAAACCAACACCUACCUUGCCGUCACCAGUAUUGCACCGAACAUCACGGCAGGUCCAUCAGACAGCACUGUGAUUGAUGGGAUGUCAGUCAUUUUGCACUGUGAGACGGCAGGAGCUCCACGGCCUGCUAUCACUUGGCAGAAAGGUGAGCGUGUAUUAGCAAGUGGAUCGGUCCAGUUGCCCCGCUUCACUCUGUUAGAAUCGGGCAGCCUUUUGAUAAGCCCCGCCCACUUAUCUGACUCAGGUAGAUACACCUGUACUGCAAGCAACUCACGUGGCAUUGACCAGGCCUCAGCACACCUGGGGGUGUGGGCUCGUACUCGUAUCUCCACCCCACCUCAGGAUCAAAGUGUAAUUAAGGGCACUAAAGCCACCCUGACCUGCGGAGUGUCUCAUGACCCCAGUGUUGCUGUCAGGUUUGUGUGGGAGAAGGAUGGUCAGGUGAUUAACCCCAGGUCGUCACCACGGUUACGGCUGGACACUAACGGUACGUUACACAUCUCUCAGACGUGGUCAGGUGACAUUGGAACCUACACCUGCAGAGUGACAUCACAGGGAGGAAACGACUCUCACAACGCUCACCUGAAAGUCAGGCAGUUGCCUCAUGCCCCAGAGAACCCAAGUGCCAUAUUGAGCUCUGUGGAGAAGAGAGCCAUCAACCUGACGUGGGCGAAACCCUUUGACGGAAACAGUCCCCUCAUACGCUACAUACUUGAAGUGUCCGAGAACAAUGCUCCGUGGAUGGUUCUCAUAGCGGAUGUUGACCCCAGUUCCACAGCACUGACAGUGAGGGAACUGACUCCGGCUCGGUCCUAUCAGUUUCGCUUGUGUGCUGAGAACAAUGUGGGGAGAGGAGCCUUCAGCACUGAGACAAGACGCGUGUCUCUCCCAGAGGAGCCCCCCAGCGCACCCCCGCAGAACGUGAUCGCUAGUGGCCGUACCAACUCGUCCAUCAUGAUCCAGUGGCAGCCUCCCCCUGAGAAUCAGCAGAAUGGCGCGCUCCGGGGAUACAUCAUACGUUACCGUCUAACUGGUCUCCCAGUGGACAUCCAGUACAAGAACAUCUCCAAUCCCGAGGUGACCAACCUGCUCUUGGAGGAUUUGAUCAUCUGGACCAACUAUGAGAUAGAAGUGGCGGCAUAUAACGGCGCUGGACUGGGAGUCUACAGCCACAAAGUGACGGAGUGGACACUACAGGGAGUCCCUACUGUUGCUCCAGGUGAUGUUCAGAUAGAAGCUGUAAACUCCACCACCAUACGCUUCACCUGGACUGCACCCAAUCCUCAGUUCAUCAACGGCAUCAACCAGGGAUACAAGCUCUUAGCGUGGCAGGCGGGGCAGGGGGAGGAGCUUACAGUUGUUACGGUUCGGCCGAAUUUCCAGGAUGGUGUCCACGUCGGCUUCAUCAGCGGCCUAAAGAAAUUUACAGAGUAUUUCACAUCAGUGCUGUGUUUCACCACACCGGGGGAUGGACCACGCAGCCCUGCCCAGAGAGUACACACCCAUGAAGACACUCCCGGUGCUGUUGGUCAUCUGAGUUUUACUGAAAUCCUUGACACGUCUUUGAAAGUCAGCUGGAGAGAACCGCAUGAGAAGAACGGCAUCCUCACCGGGUACCGUAUCUCGUGGGAGGAGUUUAACCGGACGAACACACGUGUCACACACUACCUGCCCAACGUCACUCUGGAGUACCGCGUCACUGGAUUAACUGCGUUAACUACCUACACGAUCGAGGUGGCGGCCAUGACGUCUAAAGGACAGGGACAGCUGUCAUCAUCCACCAUCUCAUCAGGGGUACCACCAGAGCUUCCUGGUCCUCCAACUAACUUGGCUAUCUCCAAUAUUGGUCCUCGAUCAGUUACGCUGCAGUUCAAACCAGGUUACGAUGGAAAGACCUCCAUCUCCCGCUGGCAGGUAGAAGCACAGAUCAGUGUAAUUGGAGAAAAUGAGGACUGGGUGAUGGUUCAUCAGCUGACUAAUGAACCUCAUGCUCGAUCAAUGGAAGUACCUGCUCUCAACCCCUACACCUUCUACAGAUUUCGUAUGCGUCAGGUGAACAUUGUGGGCACGAGCCCACCCAGCCAACCUUCUAGAAAGAUCCAGACCCUGCAGGCUCCACCUGACAUGGCUCCACUUAACAUCACACUGCGCACAGCCAGUGAAACCAGCCUCUGGCUCCGAUGGGUGCCCCUGCCAGAGUGGGAGUAUAAUGGAAAUCCAGAAUCUGUGGGUUAUAAAGUGCAGUAUAGUCAGAUUGGACCUCAGGCUAAGGUCCUAACCCACGUUAUUCUUGACCGUUUGGAGAGGGAGUUUACCAUUGAGGAUUUGGAGGAAUGGACCGAAUAUGAGGUCAAAGUCCAAGCGAUUAAUGGCAUUGGAGCUGGACCAUGGAGCCCACCUGUUCGAGGACGGACCCGAGAGUCUGUGCCCUCCUGUGGUCCGUCUAAUGUCUCAGCUUUCUCCACAUCCUCCAGCAGUAUUCUGGUUCGCUGGUUUGAGGUUCCUGAGCCUGACAGAAAUGGUCUCAUCCUUGGUUACAAGGUGGUGUAUAAAGAAAAGGAUUCAGACUCUCCUCUUCAGUUUUGGACAGUAGAAGGAAACACCACUCACAGUGCUGAGUUGACAAAUUUGGGGAAAUAUGUCCUCUAUCAGAUACAGGUUUUAGCGUUUACACGUAUCGGAGAUGGACUCCCAUCCACUCCUUUGAUCCUGGAACGCACUCUCGAUGAUGUGCCUGGACCUCCAGUUGGUAUUUUGUUUCCGGAAGUACGAACCACUUCUGUCAGGCUGAUUUGGCAAUCUCCUGCUCAGCCCAAUGGUAUCAUUCUUGCCUAUCAGAUUGCCUAUCGUCUAAAUUCAUCCAAUAGCAACUCAGCGACAGUGGAUGUGCUGAAUCCGAGCGCACGGCAAUACACAGUGAACUCGCUAAAACCUGAAUCUGUUUACAUAUUCAGCAUCACGGCUCAAACACGCAAAGGCUGGGGAGAUUCAGCCGACGCCCUGGUGGUCACCACAGAAAAGAGAACACGACCCCAGCCUCCUCGCCAUCUCGUGGUGCCUCAGGAAAGCGUGCGAGCACGAAGCGUACUGUUGUCAUGGGAACCAGGCAGUGAUGGUCUUUCUCCAGUCCGGUAUUACACAGUUCAGAUCAGAGAACUUCCUGAUCAGAACUGGACUGUCCAAUCAGCAUCUGUCAAUCACGAGGUGGUGCCAUACACUGUGGAAAGAUUGAAGCCCUUCACCUCAUAUCAGUUUCGUGUAAAAGCCACUAAUGAUAUCGGAGACAGCGAUUACAGUGAGGAGAGUGAAGCCAUCACCACUCUGCAGGAUGUUCCUGAUGAAGCUCCCAUCAUCCUCUCUGUUACUCCUCACACCACUACAUCUGUUUUAAUUCGCUGGCAGUCUCCAUUGGAGGAGAAGAUUAACGGGAUUCUACUCGGGUACCGUAUUCGUUAUCGAGAGCUACUUUACGAAAGAUUACGAACUUUUAACAUCCAAAAACACUCUAGCUGGACCGAACUGACAUAUCCGUACAGUAUGAGGAACCUCAGUGAACCAUCCCUCAGCCAGUAUGAGUUGGACAAUCUGAGCAAACACAAGCGUUAUGAGAUCAGAAUGAGUGUGUUUAAUGCGGUGGGAGAAGGACCAGUCAGCUCACCACAGGAAGUGUUCGUUGGGGAAGCAGUACCCACAGCACCACCACAAAAUGUUGCCAUCCAAUCAGCUACUGCGACACAGCUGGACGUGACGUGGGACCCGCCCCCUUUGGACAGGCAGAAUGGAGACAUACAGGGCUAUAAGGUAUAUUUCUGGGAGUACAAACGUAAGAACGAGACUGAGAAGUUAAAGACACUUUUUCUGCCUGAUGGAGGAGUGAAGCUGAAGAAUCUGACCGGUUUCACCACCUACAUGAUCAGCGUCGCUCCCUUUAACGCUGCUGGAGAUGGACCACGCAGCCCACCCACCAGGGGGCGCACUCAGCAAGCAGCACCCAGUGCUCCGAGUUUUAUCCACUUCAGUGAACUCACCACCACGUCUGUGAACGUGUCGUGGGGAGAUCCAGUUUUCCCCAAUGGGAUCAUUGAUGGUUACCGGCUCGUGUACGAACCCUGCACCCCCAUUGAUGGUGUGAGUAAGAUAGUAACAGUGGAUGUGAAGGGAAAUGCCCCACUGUGGCUGAAAAUCAAAGACCUGGUUGAUGGAGUUACCUACAACUUCCGCAUCCGUGCCAAGACCUUCACCUAUGGGCCUGAGGUGGAGGCUAACAUCACCACCGGCCCUGGAGAAGGUGCCCCAGGGCCUCCUGGUGAUCCAUUCAUCUCUCGAUAUGGCUCUGCCCUCACUAUACACUGGACCAGUGGAGAUCCUGGAAGAUCCCCUAUAUCACGAUACGUCAUAGAGGCCAGACCCUCAGAUGAAGGCCUGUGGGACAUUUUGAUUAAGGAUAUUCCAAAGGAAGUGACAUCAUACACAUUCAACAUGGAUAUCCUGAGACAGGGGGUGAGCUAUGACUUUCGAAUCAUCGGAGUGAACGACUAUGGAUACGGAUCUCCGAGCCAACCUUCUCCUUCCGUAUCAGCUCACAAGGUGGCUCCGUUCUACGAGGAGUGGUGGUUCCUGGUAGUGAUGGCGUUGGUUGGUCUGAUCUUCAUACUCCUGCUGGUCUUCAUCCUCAUCAUUAGAGGACAGAGCAAGAAAUACGCCAAAAAAGAGAUCGGUAACAGCCCGAACUGUACCACUCUGACCCAUGGAGAAAUGGUGGGACUGGACGAGAGUCAUUUUCCUGCGCUGGAACUGAACAACCGCCGUCUGUCCGUCAAAACCUCCUUCAACCGAAAGAAUGGCAUCUACACAAGGUCUCCUCCUAGGCCCAGUCCCGGCAGUCUGCACUACUCUGAUGAAGACAUAAACACUAAAUACAGCGACCUGAUUAAAGCCGAGAGCAGCAGCUUAACUGAGAAAAAAUCAGAGCUGUCUGAUUCACAGGGCAGUGAUAGUGAGUGUGAGGUCGACGCCACCCUUCAGAAUCAGACGCACUCAUUCGUUAAUCACUACAUCAGCGACCCCACUUACUACAACUCGUGGCGUCGACAGCAGAAAGGAAUCUCCAGAGCUCCGCCUUUUGCCUACAGCCAAUCAGAACCUACUGAGGCCACUCCCACUACCGGUCCUGCCUCCACUCCAGCCACACCCCCAAGCCCCGCCCACGCCGAGCCUCAGAGCCUCUUCAGACCCAAAGGCAGUCGGACUCCCACUCCGUCACAGCAAAGCACCGCCCACUCCACUCUGUACCGCCCACCCAGCAGCUUGGCCCCAACAGCUACACCCCGCCCACCCAGCAGCUUGGCCCCACCCACCACGCCCCGCCCACCAAUCGCCGGCUUUUCCUCCUUUGUCUGAUUGGCGAGUCACAGUGACUAGAGCUGUGUUAUAAUAAUUCUCCUCUUACUACAAGGUCGGCCAUUUCCAGGCUCCGUCUCAGACACAGUCCACUUCUCAGUUUUCUUACUAGAGAAUCUUUUAAGGCUUCGUCCUAAAUGAGAAGGUCUAGUUAGCAUUCUUAUUAAUAUGUCUGACAUUAUAUGGUUCUGUCCUAAACAUUAGAAUUUUUAUUGUUCUUGUUGGAACAUUUUUAGGUUGUCUCAAACAGAAGAAUUUACACUCACCAUCCAGUUUAAUAGGAACACCUGUACACCUGCUCGCUUAUGCAGUUAUCCAAUCAGCCAAUCAUGUGGCAGCAGCACUAUGCAAUCAGCCAAUCAUGUGGCAGCAGCACAUCAAACAUCGGAAUGAAGACGUGUGAUAUUUGUGACUUUAACCGUGACAUGGUUGCUGGUGCCAGAUGGGCUAGUUUGAGUUUUUCAGAAGCUGCUGAAUCCUGGGAAUUUCACACACAACAGUCUCUAGAGUUUACACACAAUCUUUUAUGCAUCGUGCUGCUGCCGCAUGAUUGGCUGAUUGGAUAAGUGCAUAAACGAGCAGAUGAACAGGUGUUCCUAUUAAAGUGGACAGUGAGUGUGUAUGUACUUGCUGUUCUUAUUUGAAUGUCUGCUGUUCUCAGGCCCAUUGUUACAACAGCUCAUCAGCAGUCCUAGUGUUCGUACAGAAAUCUAAUUUGAUGGAGAAUAUUUUUGUGGAAUGUUGAGUGGAAAGUGAGUUUAGGAUUGUAACACAGCCGGUCACUGUGGCUCCAAACCGCGAGACACUUUAGACUGAACAGCACACACAGGAUGGAUGGAGGGAUUUCCUCUUCUCUCUUUUAUCCUCACUACAGUCUGACGCCUGACUCCUGUCCUGUCAAGUGAUUUGUUUGCCUUUCUUUCAUUUUUUACGUGUGUGAUUGUGUUAAAGCACAGAUCUUUAAGCGUUUGCUAGCAGUCAGAGCUUCUGAUCAACAGAGACGCUGGACACUCAGUCUGGAGUAGAGACCCGGCAGUAGGACGUGUUUCAGUCAGAAUCACAACGUUUUUAUUCGGAAAUUACAAGAUGUGCAAAAAAUUACCACAAAAAAGUACAGAACAGUUUAACAAUUCAGCAAGAGUCUCAGCUAAUCCGGAAUGUUCCAGCUGUUACCCAGUAAUUCUACACACUUACAGUAUAAUAGAGUUCUGAACUCUACACAGUUACAGUAUAAUAGAGAUCUGAACUCUACACUG